UUAUUAGUUAUGUUUUAACACCAAGAUGAAUUGAAAUUGCACCAAAUCGGAGACAAGCAGUUCAUUUAAACACUGUACUGUCACGUUCUUGAUUUCAUAAGCAAGCUUGUGAAGUUCUGAUGCUAUGAAAGAAUCAUUGUUAUAAUUAUUAUUCUUCUUUCGAAAAUCAUUUGAAAUUUGGAACGCAUUCUUCGUCUCCGCUGGAUCUGAUCUGAACACGGUGCCAUGAAUCGGUUGCUGAAAGCGGCGAGAGCCUCUGGUUCUCUCAACCUCUCCAAUCGUUCCCUCACAGAAAUUCCCGACGAGGUUUACCGGAAUCUGGAGGGGCUCGGCGGCGGCGGCGGCGGCGACGACGACGACGACAAGUGGUGGGAGGCUGUGGAGCUUCAGAAGCUUAUUCUGGCUCACAAUAGCAUUGGAUCGUUGAAGGAAGAUCUGAGAAAUUUGCCUUUUCUCGUUGUGCUGAAUCUCAGCCACAACUGUCUCACGCAGCUUCCCGCUGCUAUCGGAGAGUUGCCUCAGUUGAAGAUGUUGGAUGUUUCGUUCAAUUCGAUAAUUGAAAUAGCGGAGGAGAUUGGAUCGGCAGCAUCGCUUGUGAAGCUUGAUUGUUCAAAUAAUAGGCUCACGGAGCUUCCAAGCUCGCUUGGCAGAUGCUUAGAAUUGUCGGACUUAAAGGGAUCAAACAAUCUUUUUACCAGCUUGCCAGAAGAUUUAGCAAAUUGCUCUAAAUUGUCUAAGCUAGAUAUGGAGGGCAACAAGCUAUCAAUGAUAUCAGAAAAUCUCAUUUCAUCAUGGACCAUGCUUACCGAAUUCAAUGCAUCAAAAAAUUUGCUGACAGUGUUACCAGUGAGCAUUGGAGGCCUUUCACAUCUAAUUCGUCUUGACCUUCAUCAAAACAGAAUAUCGGCAAUCCCUUCAUCAAUCAAUGGUUGUCAUUCACUUACAGAGCUUUAUUUGGGGAAUAACAAUAUUUCUAUAGUACCAGUGGAGAUAGGGGCCCUUUCUCGACUUGGGACUUUAGAUCUUCAGUCUAACCAGCUGAAGGACUAUCCAGUAGAGGCAUGCAAGUUGAGUCUUUUAGUUUUAGAUCUUUCUAAUAAUUCAUUGAGUGGGUUACCCCCUGAAAUGGGAAAAAUGACUACAUUGAGAAAACUUCUGCUGAGUGGAAAUCCUUUGAGAACACUUCGAAGCUCAUUAGUAUCUGGACCUACACCAGCAUUACUGAAAUUUCUCCGAAGCAGACUCUCUGUGGAUGAAGAUUCUGAAGCUGUAACCCCAUCAAAAGAAGAGGUGAUCGCAAUGGCUACCCGAUUAUCUAUCACAUCAAAGGAACUUUCUAUGGAGGGGUUGGAAUUAACUGCUGUCCCAUCAGAAGUGUGGGAAUCAGGGGAGGUCAUAAAACUUGAUCUUUCAAGAAACUCCAUCCAGGAGUUGCCUGUUGAACUUUCUUCUUGUGUUUCACUCCAGACAUUGAUUUUAUCUAAGAAUCAAAUUAUAGAGUGGCCAACUUCAGUUCUUAAAUCACUUUCAAGCCUUUCAUGUUUGAAGAUGGACAACAAUUCCCUUAGACAGAUACCUUCCGAUGGCUUUGAAGUGGUGCCUAAGCUUCAGAUCCUGGAUCUAAGCGGUAAUGCAGCUUCAUUACUAGAUGGACCUGCAUUUUCUAGUUUGCCUUACCUGCAAGAGAUUUACCUAAGAAGAAUGAAGCUCAGUGAAGUCCCAUCAGAUAUAGUGGUGCUGCAUCAGCUACGGAUCCUAGACUUGAGUCAGAAUUCCCUUCAAUCAAUUCCAGUGGGGUUAAAGAAUCUCACUUCUCUCAAGGAGCUUGACCUAUCUGAUAACAACAUCUCAGUUCUUCCACCUGAGCUGGGUUUGCUGGAACCAAGCCUGCAGGCGUUGAGACUUGAUGGAAAUCCUCUUAGAAGCAUUCGAAGGACUGUUUUGUCUAAAGGAACUAAAGCUGUUCUGAACUAUUUGAAGGACAAAUUGCCAGAGUAGUUUUCUUUUCUUUCUUCCUCCUCUGAAAGUGUUAUGUUUAACAUAAUAUUUAAAGUGUUCAAUUUUGUUCCUGGUGUCACUCUUUCCGACGUUGAUACUGUAAUUUAUUUUCCUUAUCCGUGUUAGUGUCUCAUUUUGUUCAAUUCUUGUCCGAUGUUGUACAUCUCUGCCUUUGUGUGUUAUUUCAUGUAACAUAUUCUUAAUUUGAAUGGUUAAUAUUACAAAGAAAUUUGCGUGGCUUGAUCUUUAA